AUGUCUUUUCCUGAAACCAUAACUAUACAUCUAAUAUUCAACUCCCCUCGUCAGGAGCUUCUUCAAGACCUCACAAUCAACAGCACGUUCCUUGCUGUGAAUAAUUUGCCAUAUAGCCAUCCUUUGGACAUGACCGUUGCUGAUGUCUUACACUUCCUAAUUGCCAAUUGGCAACCAAAAUGGGGUCCCAAACCAAUGAAUAUCGCCCAAGUUCGCUUCAUUCAACUGGCACGGUCGCUUCGGUCUGGGCUCAAGUUGGCGGAUUUGAACCUCGACAAGAACCUGACAUUCCAUGUGGCAAUGCGACCAAUAUCUACAAAAGACCCAAAGGCUAACCGACGUGCCUCAUUGCUUGUGCCAACCUCACAUAACCAGCGGUCGGCCAGCAACUCCAAUAGUCCUGGAACUCGUACGUUUUCCGGGGGUAGCCAUCCGCUCGCGGUCAACACUACCGACGAGUUGAACUUCCAUUUAAAUCCUGAUGGUACCACCACGGUGACCGGUGCCGAACAAGAUUUAUCCAACUAUUAUAACGGUCGCUAUGGACCUUCGUCAACCAUGACUGCUGGCACUAGAGCAAGCUACGCCGGUAUAGGGUUAGCUAAUAGAAAUUCUUACUACCAACGUUACUCUUAUGUCGAUCCUAGUCUGAGCUCUCAGACCUAUUCUCUCAAUAGAAAUUACCAUCGCUACAGUGAUACCAGUAACGAUGAUUCAGAAGUUGAAGAAGAUAUGAUGAACCAUCCUGAGUUUGGGAUUCAGAACCAACAACAGCAUUUCCACCAUGUUAUAACCACUGAACGAGGGAAAGCUCGUUUAGCGCAACAGCAAAAGCAGGAACAAGAAAAGAGAAACUCUCAAAUGAUCCAAAGCCCACGCGAAAAUCAGUCAAGAAGACUGUCGCAUGCCGCUCAGCGUAAUGUCAACCAGAAACCUCCACAAUCUGAAGGAGGUUGUUGUAUUAUUAUGUGA